AUGGACAAGUCGUGCCAAAAAGGAGUUUUGGAAGAAGCGGAUGCCGCCCAGGGGGUGGGGGAAGGUAAGGGCCCCCUGCUGGCUGAGCUGAGGGAGACUUUGGCAGGGGCCGAAGGCACCAAGCCGGUGGACCCUGAGCCAUGUUGGAUGCUGGAGAGGAACGGGAAGGCUGGGUUUGUGAUGAGAGAGGGGCUACGACAGCGGAACGCAGUCUUCGGCGAGGAGUUGGAUCUUGUGAGGACUGGCUGGGAGAUGAGCGGCGCUGAUGUGGCACGGCGGAUGAUGGGAGCGGAGACGGAGAACGCCUGCUGGUUUACCCCUCUUCCUACGAUGCCGUCUUCUUCCCAGUACAGGUCUAGCUGGGAGAUCCCUGAUUUAAGGGAUGGUAAAAUUCAAGCAAUAAGUGACUCUGAUGGGGUGAACUACCCCUGGUAUGGCAAUACGACAGAGACCUGCACCAUCGUCGGCCCCACCAAGAAGAACACAGAGAUCAAGGUCAGCAUGGAUGACAAUUUCGACACCAGUGUGUCCUGGAACGUGCCCAAGAGAAACAGCAACCUGCACCAGCUGACCAGCAUCCACAGGGACCAGAGCUUCAUCACCUGGCUGGUGGCCAUCAACCAAUCCACCAGAGAGCACCUCAUCCUGAAGACCAUCAUGUGGAGGAUGCAGCUCCACAUCAAGAUCGACCCCAGGAAACCCCUGGGCCAGCGUGCCAAGCUGCUGAAGCCCACUACCCAGGAGCAGCCCCAGAUCCUGGCCAAGAAAGAGCCCAUCCCACCCAACGCCAUGGUGAAGCCCAAUGCCAACGAUACGCAGGUCCUGAUGUGGAGGCCAAAAAAAGGAAAGCCUGUGGUUGUUACACCUCCAAAAUUCUAGGGUACUAUAUUGAAGAAACUAACCCCCCCCCCAAUCUUUUUUUUUACAUCAGAAACAUGAAUUAAAAAAUCUAACAAGAUGCCCCAAGUGGCAAAGCUAUGAACGUCUCCUGGACUUAACAACUGCAACCAUUCUACCUUUAGCACAGUCAUACCCGGCCCAGUUUAAAUUAAAUCAUUGCAAAAAUGGCUAGUAUUAUUUUUUGCUAGGCAUUUUUUUUAACAUUAUAUGAGAAUAUAUACAGUAGGUGUGUGUGUAUAUACAAAUUUGCACAUCUUGUUUCCUGGGAUAGGAAGGG